AGCCGGACCCGGACCAGCAGCAGGCUAGGGUGUGUGUGUGUUAUGUGUGCCGUGGUCUCAGCCCUGGAGGAUCGACAAUAGGGUGAAAAGAUACUAAACCCCGGACUAAACACGGACCAAGGGGGGGAAAUAACCCAACACAAGCGCUGCGCGGAGAAAGGAAACCCGUACAUCCAUGAUAGGAAUGUAAUUGAGUGCAUCUUAAUCCGCGUUUUGUCCACAUUAAUGGGUGUGUGAGGAAGAGGAUUAUCAGGGCAGAAGGCAGAAGGCACUCGUGGGUUCGGCUGCUCCAAGGCCCCGCGUCCCUCCGCUGAUCGAGCCGCGGGUUGGAAGAGGAAAAGGGGCUAAAUAGGGGCUAUCUGCAGCCUGGCUGGACACCCCACGCGCACAAAGGAGAACUCCUUUCACCUCCGUCUCCCGUCGCGAAACACAGAGGAUCAAGGGCUAUGUCCUCUGCAGCUACUACAUCUCCAUCUGUGGACAAAGUGGACGGAUUUUCCCGGAAGUCUGUCAGGAAGGCCAAGCAGAAGCGAUCCCAGAGCUCGUCCCAGUUCCGCUCGCAGGGCAAGCCCAUUGAGCUCACCCCCCUGCCCCUGCUCACGGACGUGCCGGCGCCCGAGCAGCCGGAGCUGUUCCUGAAGAAGCUGCAGCAGUGCUGCACGGUGUUUGACUUUAUGGACACGCUGUCCGACCUCAAGAUGAAGGAGUACAAGCGCUCCACGCUCAACGAGCUGGUGGACUACGUCACCGUCAGCCGCGGCUACCUGACGGAGCAGGCCUACCCCGAUGUCGUCAAAAUGGUGUCUUACAACAUAUUCCGGACGCUUCCGCCCAGCGACAGUAACGAAUUCGACCCGGAGGAGGACGAACCCACGCUGGAGGCCUCCUGGCCACACCUACAGUUGGUGUACGAGUUCUUCAUCCGGUUUCUGGAGAGUCAGGAGUUCCAGCCCAGCAUUGCCAAAAAGUACAUCGACCAGAAGUUCGUGCUACAGCUCCUGGAGCUCUUCGACAGCGAGGACCCCAGGGAGAGGGACUACCUGAAGACGGUCCUGCACAGAAUCUACGGGAAGUUCCUCGGCCUGCGAGCUUUUAUACGAAAACAGAUCAACAAUAUUUUUCUACGUUUUGUUUAUGAGACGGAGCAUUUCAACGGAGUGGCUGAACUGCUGGAGAUCUUGGGAAGUAUAAUCAAUGGCUUCGCUCUGCCUCUGAAAGCGGAACAUAAACAGUUUCUGGUCAAAGUGUUGAUCCCCCUGCACACGGUGCGGAGCCUGUCGCUGUUCCACGCACAGCUCGCCUACUGCAUUGUACAGUUCCUAGAGAAGGACCCCGCACUAACAGAACCAGUCAUCAGGGGCUUGCUGAAGUUCUGGCCAAAAACCUGCAGUCAAAAAGAGGUCAUGUUCCUGGGGGAGCUGGAGGAGAUCCUGGACGUCAUCGAGCCAACACAGUUCGUUAAGAUCCAGGAGCCACUCUUCAAACAGAUCUCCAGAUGCGUGUCCAGCCCGCACUUCCAGGUGGCCGAACGGGCGCUCUACUACUGGAACAACGAGUACAUCAUGAGUCUGAUCGAGGAGAACUCCAGCGUCAUCCUGCCCAUCAUGUUCGCCAGCCUGUACAGGAUCUCCAAAGAACACUGGAACCCGGCGAUCGUAGCGCUGGUGUACAACGUUCUGAAGGCUUUCAUGGAGAUGAACAGCACCUUGUUCGACGAACUCACGGCCACCUACAAGUCGGACCGCCAGCGGGAGAAGAAGAAGGAGAAGGAGCGGGAGGACCUGUGGAAGAAGCUCGAGGACUUGGAGCUGAAGCGGGGCCUGAGGAGCGACGGGAUCAUCCCCACUUAACGAAGCCUGCGCCUCCCUCCCCACCUCCUCCUCCCUUUAUCUGCCUCCUGACCUCUCAGACCCCCCUACCCCCCUUCAAACCCCUCCCCUCCUCCCUGUUC